CCCGGCGCGGGCGGCGGCGGCUCCUCGGUGUCUGCAGCCGAGACUCCGAGCGCCGCGCAGGAGUCGUGCGCGUCCUGUAGCCUCCGAACCCCUGACCAGUCCAAGCGGCUCAACCUGGACUUUGUGGAGGCUGUGAAGAGACACAUUCUAAAUCGGCUGCAGAUGCGGGACCGACCCAACAUCACGCACCCCAUCCCGAAGGCUGCCAUGGUGAGCGCGCUGCGGAGGCUGCACGCCGGCAAGGUGCGCGACGACGGCCGCGUGGAGAUCCCCAACUUUGACGGACAGGCGGCCUUUAACAACGAGGUCCAGGCGGAGACCUCCGAGAUCAUCAGCUUCGCCGAAUCAGAUGGACACACGUCCACCAAGAACAGCUUGUACUUCCUCAUCUCCACCGAGGGCAACCAGAACCUGUACGUGUCCCAGGCCAACCUGUGGCUCUACUUCCGCGUGAUGCCAGCUGGUUCCGAGAAGGGUCUGCGGAGGAAGGUGACCGUCAAAAUCCUCCACAAGGAGACGCCCGGCAGCGCGGAGGGACAUCCAGGAGGCACAGGCCACUGGGUGGUGGUGGAGAAGCGGGUGGAACUGAAGCGCAGCGGCUGGCACACGUUCCCCAUCGCGAACACGGUGCGCGCCGUCUUUGACAAAGGCAGUCGCAGGCAGGACCUGGAGGUUCACUGCGACGGCUGCGAGACGACGGGCGUGGCCCCGGUACUGGUGGACCCGGGGGACCCCUCCCAUCGCCCGUUCCUGGUGGUGCGUGCGCGGCAGGUGGACGGGAAGCACCGCAUUCGUAAGCGGGGGCUGGAGUGCGACGGCACCAGUGGAGGCCUCUGCUGUCGGCAGCAGUUUUACAUAGACUUCCGCCUGAUUGGCUGGAAUGACUGGAUCAUUGCGCCACCCGGUUACUAUGGUAACUACUGCGAGGGCAGCUGCCCGGCCUACAUGGCGGGCGUGCCGGGCUCAGCGUCGUCCUUCCACACGGCGGUGGUGAACCAGUACCGCAUGCGGGGCAUGAGCCCGGGCUCGGUCAACUCCUGCUGCAUCCCCACCAAACUGAGUACUAUGUCCAUGCUGUACUUCGACGACGAGUACAACAUCGUCAAGAGGGACGUAGCCAACAUGAUCGUGGAGGAGUGCGGCUGCGCCUGAACUCUGAACCUAAAGAGGCCUUUUGUACAAACAAAAAAAAACGUUGUACCAUAAACAUGUAUAAAUCUGUAGUCCUACUGUAUGUUCUAGCAACACACACACACUCUGACACACUCAUAUACACACACAGACAUCCAGCAAACCAAGGAGUGUGUGGUUUGAAUCCGACUGAAUGACUGGAGUCAGAAGGAAACGUUAUCACCGACCGAUAUUUGGGCUCUGGUUUAAUGGUUCGUUCGUCUCCUCUGAAUGAAGGUAGACGGUGAGACAGACUGAGAGGACAACACACACACACACACACACACACACACACUCACGCACACACCCCACAGCUGCUCCUCACAACUCUUUUUUAAAACGUAAAGCACAUGCGGGACUUUAGUUUAGUUUGUCUUCGGACGAAGCACUGACGUUGACUCAGAACACCAGCACUUCACUGCACCGCCUACAGACACAGUCGGUCCGACUGUUGUCCCCCCCUCACACUGACACGGUUCCGACUGUUGUUGUUGUCUCUCAGACUCUUGGUUCUUGGUGGACUGUAGUGUCACGGCAGCGGCUCACACAGAACCAUUCCCAUCGUUGACCUCCAGGGGGACUCAGGGACCUCGACCCUUCAGUCUGUCCAGAGAGCUACGGCUCUGCCACGUGACGACCGGACGGAGGCGGAAUUCCACUUCCUGCUUCUUAUUGGGCGCUCCUCUCCAGUGGAGGCGAGCGGUACUGCGGACACACAGACCGCGGUCCCCGAGUCCAGAGGUUCGGUCCACUCUGUGGUCACGGUCCAGUUCAGCACGAACACACACAAACCUAAAUGCACAACCUUGUUAGCACUUGUUUAAAGAAUGCCUUCCUGACCUGCGUGUCCUCUCCGUCGCUGCGUUAGUGCCACACGAGCUAUGCAAUGUAUAGAAACCUGUAUCCGUACUCCAGGACCCGGGCCCCGGGCCCCGGGAUCUGGGACUGGGUCCGACCCCCGCCCCCCUCUGUUUCCUUCACGGUCUCACCUCUUUACCAAUACUUGAAAUGUAAUCGUCUGCUUUCUUUACGAAGCCAACGAUUGUUGUAAUGUUUGCACUGAAAAGUUGCAGGAUUAGUUCAACAAGAAAAACUGCCAUUGAAAUGUUAUUUUUAUAGAAUUAAGUUGAAUUUUAUCUGAAAUGUAUUUUGAUAAAUAAAACCAAAGAGGCCAAGGUGGGGGUGUUGUGUAUGAAGGUGACCAGGCCAUUGAAUUACUGUGUACAACACCACACUUUUUUUGCAUAAUAUGUAAAAAAAAAAGAAAAAAAAAAGAAAGAAAAAAAAGCCGACCACUGUAUCAGGGUACGACGUUUGUGAUUUUCAAUCUGU